AUGGCCAACCAUAAGUCUUCCUUGAGAGACCAACUGCUUUCGAACUCUCCUGACCCAAUCAAGUCUUCUAUCUUGCGCGAGUCGGAUAUGGCUUGGAAUUUACAAUCAAGUGGCUCCCUUUCCUCUUCCUCUAUUGAAGGGUCCAUUACCUCUCCACUUCGUAUCUCGAAACGAAAUUCCCCAGGACCUGUGAUUGCCCGACAACAUGUUCAUAACAACAACCUUGUUUCAAAGUCUCCCUUUGAAUCGCAGAUCGCAACCCCGUCUACCUCGUCCAAUCGCUUGGUCCCAAUCCCCAUCACCUCCCCGACCUCGUCGCCCUCCCAACGGGUCUCAGGGGAGAAGCGACCUCGUCCUUCUUCUCUUUAUGAACAAACAGAAGACGAGAAUGAGCGUCCGUUUGCUUUGAAACGAGAACGCAGACAAAGUCAUGGUUUUCAAGACCUCAACGAAAAGGAACCAGUCACCAAGAGUCCUUUCGAGUUGCGUCAACGCACGAGCUCCGAGGCCCGACCUUCAUCCUCGCCUAUCCCCGCUCCUCUCACCAGAACACCUCUGGCUUCCUUUGCGACUUCCACCACCUCAGUACAGCCUCGCGCCUCAUUUAGUGUUUAUCCUCCUCCCGCGAUGAGUCCAGGUCCCUCGCCUGGUUGUUCAUCACUCGUCUCAAAGAGGCUGCAUGGUCCUCAUCCCAGUUUUGGCGGGAACAGGGAACGCCGAAAAACGGUUGGUUUUGACGAACGGUGCGAUGUUGUCGAGUUCGACCUUGAGGAAGAAACAGAUGACGAAGAUGAUGACGCUCCGGGCAUCUGGAGAAUCACCCGCGUGAGGAAGUAA